UGGCGGAAGCUGUGAGCAUCAGAACUCACAGCAUUUAAGUUUUCAGUGGUUGCCACGAAGCGCUAGCGUCGUAAAGCAAAAACGCGUUGGCAAAAUAUAUUUUUGUAGAAAAUCAUGGAACCUCUCUACCAUCAGACGAAUAAAUUGAUACAGGACACACAGGAGUGCUUCCAGCAGCUCAACAAUUCACAAGUGGAUGUGGCGAGUGUUGAGAGUGAGAUUUUGUCAAAAAUCACCGCUGUCAAUGCGAAUUGUGAGCGACUUGAUGUGUUCCUGUACAAAGUACCUGUGGCUCAGCGGCAAAAUGCCAAGAUGCGGGUGGAUCAGCUGAAAUACGACAUCCGGCAUUUGCAAGCUGCUCUGAGAGUGUGGCAGGAGAAGAAGAAGCGAAGGGAGAUAGAAAUCAGCGAAAGAGAGCAACUUCUGAACCGUCGUUUCACUGCAAACACUGAAAUGUCGAUUGAUAUUGAUUAUUCCGUGCAACACCACAAUGCAAUGCAGAACGCCCACCGAGGAGUGGAUGAUAUGAUAAGCUCAGGUGGCAACAUUCUUGAUAAUCUCCGAAGUCAGCGAGAGACACUGAAAGGCGCCCACAAACGUAUCAUGGAUAUUGGGAAUACGCUAGGAUUGUCGAAUCAGACCAUGAGGAUGAUCGAGAGGCGCGUGAAGGAAGACAAAUACGUGCUAUUCGGCGGAAUGUUUGUCACAGUGACGAUAAUAGGGCUAUUUUUGUAUUACUUUGUAUUCUAGCCCAAAGCCUCUGAACUUUCCCGCCCAACCACAUUUCCAUUGUUUAUAAUGUGUCCCAAUAGUUCAUACUAUAUGCGGCUUUUGCUAAGGCAAAUACAGAAAAUUUAUUUAUUGAAUGUUUUCUACACAUAUUUGAAAGAAGUUAUUUUUAAGUUUCCCGCGCUGCAAAUAUGAUCGUCAAGCAGCGCCUCUGGUGAUUAACAUUCU